CAUUUUGGCUGCCACUAGCUUACUAGUAAGCCCUUUAAGCCUAACUAGUUUGCUAGUAAGGUCACAAAACACUGCAACUAGUAAACUUGUGCCCAUUUCAAGCCCACUAGCUUACUAGUAAACAUUUUGCACCCUCCUAGUUUGCUAGUAAGGUGCAAAAUAGGUGUUUACUAGUAAACUAGUGUUUUUUUUUGACCCUACUAGUUUACUAGUACACAUUUUGCACCUUACUAGUUUGCUAGUAAGGUCAAAAUAGGCUUUUUACUUGUAAACUAGUGGUUUUUUUGGCUGCACUAGUUUACUAGUGUGCAUUUGGGCUCCCACUAGUUUACUAGUGCAGAAAAUUGGAGGCCACUAGUUUACUAGUAAGCUGAAUCCAUGUUUGACUAGCUUACAUGUCAGAGCUUUUACAGCUCACUAGUAAGCUAGUAACACUUUCAGCAUUACUAGUUCGGUCCAAAGGGCCACUAGUGCAGCAAAAAGCCCACUAGUAGAGACUUUGGCUCUACUAGUGCGGCACACAGUGUUACUAGUAAGGUUUCUGUUUAACUAGUUGAACAAAAGUGCCACUAGUUGCUGAAAAAGAGUGACUAGUAAGAUUUUUUGUUCAACUAGUUCAGUAAAAUACCGAACUAGUGCGACCAAAUGUCCAACUAGUGCUGACAGUGACCAAACUAGUGGAGGGGACUGAAACUUGAUAUCAAGGAUAUGGAAUAAAUACUCAAUCGGCUUGCCAUACUAACCUGAAUGUGUUCCCAUCCCACUGUCUAAGGGUGUGUGUGUGUGUCCGAGUGAGUGUGUGUGUCUAUGCAUGUGUGACUUUCCCCACCAAGCUUUCCUAGUUGCGCGAGCGUGUGUGUCUGUGUGUGUCCGAGCGCAGUGGAGCUCUGUGUACCACGUCAAUUGGGAUUGUGUGUCUUUGAGGGGCACGGCGCCCAAUCCAAACUCCGCUGUACCCCCGUUGGAGUUUGGACCAGUGUGACGCGCACACUUCCGCACACAUAUGUGUGUGAAAUACACAGCAGACUUCUCACGGUUUCUACAGGCUACUUUUCUUUUUGGCUACUACUUCCGCGAGACUACUGCUGUAUGCGCGUGCACACAUAGUGGAUAUGUACUUCCGCUGUACACUCCGUUUAUUGGAUAUGGUUUAGACGGAAAGUCUAGUCUCAUAAACGUCGCCACACUUUCAUUUAUUCAUUCUUUCACGACACUUCAUUCUCGGAAGCCCCUGCGAUAAACCCCAGAGAAGAAGACGGUGAACCGUUUUCUCCAAGAUGGUCGUCGGUCCCUUCCCCAUCGCCAAGCUCCUCUCCCUGGGAGUGAGGCAGAUGAGCAAGCCGGUGGCGAACCGGAUCAAAGCCGGAGCCCGGAGGAGCGAGUUCUUUAAAAGCUACAUCUGCCUGCCGCCGGCCCAGAUUUACCACUGGGUCGAGAUGAGAACCAAGAUGAGGAUCAUGGGCUUCCGGGGCUCCACCAUUAAGCCGCUGAAUGAGGACAAGGCUGUGGAGCUGGGUGCAGAGUUGCUUGGAGAGGCCAUCAUCUUCCUCAUCGGCACUGGAUGCGUGGUGCUGGAGUACAGCAGGCAGGCUGCUAAUACUCGCCGCAAAGAGGAGGAGCUGGGAGACCAUCACAACCACCAGGAUGAUCAUGUUAACCAUCGACAAAACAGAUCAAUUUAG